AUGAAUGGAGACCACAAGAGGUGCAGCUUCUUUGAUCCGCAACUCAACGCCUGGUCCGAUGCUGGCAUGGAGCUUGUGGAGUACCCCCUUUCGGAUCCAAGCGCCUCUGCAAGUAAUGCCUCCUGGUGCGUGACGAACCACACGUCGCUGUUUGCACUGGUAGAGAGCCUUCCGCUGGACCUCCUCAUCGAAUCCGAGUCCAAUCCGCUGAACGAGUCGACUUACACGGCCGCCAUCGGCAUCACCGGGGGCAUGCUGUGCAUCCUCUGCGUG